AUGACCGUUUCCCAAAAAGUGGAGCCUAGAAGUCCAAAGCUCAAGUCUUCCUCUGUUGACUUCCCUAUUGAACAAGCAUUUAACUUGGCAGACCCCAUGCAAAAGCUAGAAUGCACGUUCCCAUGCAGAAUCCAUAACAGUUACCAUAACGGACCCACACCGGUAGAGAUCGUCGAACCGAGAGGACACUACAACCGCUACAACACUGAGCUCAAACACAUCGCGUUCGGGAUAGCGUCGUCGUCGAACUUGUUCGAAACCCGAAAAGAGUACAUCAAAGCAUGGUGGAGGCCGAAAGAGACUAGGGGUGUAGUGUGGGUGGACAAGAAAGUGAAGAAAAACACAGACGAAAAAUUACCUCAAAUUAGGGUUUCUCAAGAUACUACGAGGUUCAAGUACACCAACAGGCAAGGUUCUCGAUCGGCGUUGAGGAUCACGCGUGUGGUUUCCGAGACGCUUAAGCUCGGGAUGAAGGAUAUCCGGUGGUUCGUGAUGGGGGACGACGACACGGUGUUCGUCGUCAAUAAUGUGGUGAGGGUGCUCUCGAAAUACGAUCACACGCAGUUUUACUACAUCGGGAGUGGAUCGGAGAGCCAUAUUCAGAACAUAUUCUUUUCGUAUGCUAUGGCGUUCGGAGGUGGUGGGUUCGCAAUAAGCUAUCCGUUGGCUAAAGAAUUGUCGAAGAUGCAAGAUAAUUGCAUCCAACGAUAUCCGGGAUUGUACGGCAGUGAUGAUCGGAUUCAGGCGUGCAUGGCGGAGCUUGGAGUGCCACUCACCAAGGAACUUGGUUUCCAUCAGUAUGAUGUGUAUGGAGAUUUGGUAGGCCUCUUGGGAGCCCACCCAGUGACUCCAUUGGUAUCACUUCACCACCUAGAUGUUGUGGAACCGAUCUUCCCCGGGAUGAAACGAGCCAAAGCAAUCCAGCACUUGCUCGAGGCCGCCAAAGAAGACUCGGCCAGCCUGAUGCAACAAUCGAUAUGCUACGAUUCGAAUCGGUUUUGGUCCAUCACCAUCUCUUGGGGCUAUGUGGUUCAAAUCAUGAGGGGAAUCAUGUCUCCCAGGGAGCUGGAGAUGCCGUCGAGAACAUUUCUGAAUUGGUACAAGAGAGCCGAUUACACUGCUUAUGCAUUCAACACCAGACCUGUUGAAAGUCACCCUUGUCAAAAGCCCUUCGUUUUCUAUAUGAGGAAGGUUAAAUUUGAUCGUCCUAGAUGGCAAACCAUCAGUAUUUACUACCGUCACAAAAUUAAGAGUCGCAACUGCCGUUGGAGAAUACCCUCUCCGGAGAAACUCGAUUCCGUUGUCAUCCUGAAGAAACGUGAUGAUCAACGAUGGAAAAAGUCACCAAGGAGGGAUUGUUGCAGGGUAAUGCGAUCAGAAAAGAACAACUCAAUGGUAAUAUCAGUGGGAAAAUGCAGAGAGGGUGAAAUCAGUAAGUUUCAACUAUCGAAAAAGCAGUCAUCAUAGGCCAUUUACUUUUCAAAGAUGUUCUUAGUCUUCCUUUUUACCCCCAUAGCCCAAGGCAUACAUGAAAUGAGUCACUCACUCGAUCUGGAUGUAAAUCUGGACAAAAAACUUGGAACUACUCCAACAAGCUCAGAGAAAGCAAAAAAAAAGAACCCACAAUAUGUAAAUCAU